AUGGCUGAGGGGGAGAGAUGGAUUUGGGAUGGAAAAAAGAGUGAAAAUGGACAUGGAUGGGAUAAAAAAUAUCUGGAAAAUGGGAGAGAAAGAGUGGGAAUGGGAAAUUGA